AUGCAGCGCCUAGGCUUCCUCCUUCUAGCCAGCCUUGAUCCAGUAGCCAACAAGAAAGACAAAGUGAAGAGGGGCAGCCUGGGGAGCGAGUGUGUUGAGUGGACCUGGGGGCCCUGCACCCCCAGCAGCAAGAACUGCGGCAUGGGUUUCCUCGAGGGCACCUGCAGGGCCCAGAUGCAGCACAUCCUGUGCCAAGUGCCCCAUAACUGGAAGAAGGAGUUUGGAGCCGACUGCAAGUACAAGUUUGAGAGCUGGGAGGCAUGUGAUGGGGGCACAGGCACCAAAGCCCACCAAGGUACCCUGAAGAAGGCUUGGUACAAUGCUCAGUGUCAGCAGACCAUCCAUGUGACCAAGCCCCACACCCCCAAGGCCAAAGCCAAGGCCAAAACCAAGAAAGGGAAGGGAGAAGAUUAGCAGCCAGGCCUGGAUGCCAAGGAGCCCCUGGCUUUAC